AUGUUUUCGAACCUUGCUCUGAUUGUGUAUGAAAGAGAAGAUGCCAAGUAUGUCCUAGAACUAGAAGAGGAUUUCAAUCCGAAAUCAUCAAGUCUCUUAUUGACUCAUCGGCUGCUGCAGUUUUUAAAUUUUGACAAUCUUCAAAAGAAAUUACGAUCUCUAGAGACCAAAGUUAUUUUAGUUAAUCCUAGUACUCUUUGUGAUAGAUAUGCUACAGAGGGUCUAAUAUGCAUCUACCGAGUAGACGUGAAACAUUCCAACAAACAGCUUAUAGUGCAAGAGACCAAAGAUUCCUUUGACAAAUUCAGAAGGAUAAAGCAUUUGCCUCGGGCAUUUCUCGUAACCAGCCAUUCUAUGUCUGUUAUAGAUGCAAAGCUAGCUGUUUACAGAAAAUACAAGGACAUUUUUGAAGGCAACAAUAUAAGAAUAAUCCAUAAAUUAGAUCCAAGCGAGGAAUUUCCUUUAUUCUGCGCAAAAUAUGAGAUAGAACUCUUUCAACGUCGGAUUGAAACUGUUGUAGAAAACAUACAGUUGAAAGAACUGGAAAAAAUAGUGAAAAAUGCUGCAAACAAAGCUUUAUCAAAGGAAGAAAUUCAAAAAAAUAUGCUAGAUGUAGAUCAGAACGAAGCAUAUAAAAUAAACGUUUUGAAAGUUUUCACAAAUGAGGAUAUAGACAUGAAAGAUAUCGCUGCCAUUGUAGUGACUGCUUUUUCAAAAAUAUUUAACUUUCUUCUGGGUAUAAUUUUCGACGCCAAUCUUAGAGAGCAUUUUGUACAUUUUCUUUGGUCUGAAAAUGUCAACUCCACGAAAUGGCGGAACGAAGUAGCAAAAGAAAUAUAUGAGAAUAUAUCAGUAAAGAAAGAAGAAAUAAUCGCUAAUAUAUUUACAGAAAUGGUACCAAUCUGGGGUCAAACUGAAAUCCUAUUGGGAAAAAUCAGUAACAAAGUGACCAUUGCUAGCAGAGAGAUAUUGAUUGCAGACCAAAGAAAGCUUAUAGCUGAAUGGAUGCUUCGAGAAUUUCGAAUAGAGAAUAUUGAAAGAUGUCCAUCGAUUCUUCACUUUAUAGCAGGGAGAAAGAAAGAUUCAAUCAUUAUGAAAGUAUUUUUAGAAAAGUAUGAAGUCGAGUCGGAAAAAUUUUGUAAAGAAAAUGCAGUCAACAUCCCGGAUGGUGCGAUAUUUGAAUUUAUUGAUGUAACGUUGCAAACAGAUUCCAAAGGAAGUCCUGCCUUUGUACAUGGAGAGAAAAAAAAAGGUUUCCAUAUAAAGCAUAACACAAAGAAACGCAUUAAAGAGAUUUUAAAAGAUAAAAAAGACGAACUCUUUGCGAAACAUUCAAGUUUAAUGUCAAUAAGCACGAGACCAAAAAAAUUUUCCGAAGAUCUUUUCAAUUAUGAAGCACGUAUAGUUUUACAUUGCCUUGAUACAAAUUUAAUUCCUUUUGGAGAAGACCCAUUACCAAAAUGUAUCGAAGGGUUUGAAUGCGACAUUCGAGAAAGUUUCAUCCAGUUUGGAUUAUGCACAAAUUGUAAAGCUUUAGAUCAUGGAUGCAGCGUUGGGAGAUAUGGAGAAGUUUCAUCAGGGUCUUUGGGAUUCUUUGCAAAGAAACGAUCUCUUUCUUGUCAUAACGGAUUUCUUACCGCAGCUCAUGUAGCAUUAACAAAUGAUGUCAUUGCAGAACUAAAUGAAAGAAGACUUUCAGAUUAUUCUUCUGAAAAUCAAAGUUAUAAAAUUGUUCAUCCAUCGUUUGAAGACUGUGCUUCUAACAAUAUUAUUGGGGAAGUGGAAGAUUCUUUUUUUGGAAAUUACGAUACUACUGGAAUAGAUGCAGCUUUUAUCAGAACUGAUGCAUUCAAGGAUGAAAGACAAUUGUAUGAGUCAUCUUGCAGUUUUGACAUGGAUUCUGAUGAAGAGUACGAUGUUGUCAAAAAGGGAAGAACAACUGGCGAAACAAGAGGAACAUUAAAAGAUUGUACAUUUUUCAUCCGUAAAAUUUUUCCAGGCCGUGCCGGAAUUUAUCUUGUACUUGACAAUUGUUAUUCAAUUUAUGAUUCAAAUUCCCAAAUUUUCUUUUUACCCGGAGAUUCGGGAGCUGCCGUGUACGUCUUCAAUAAAUCGGACAAUACUCGACAACCACUGGGACUUGCAUUUGGUAAAAUGACGAACUUUCCAAUAACCUUUGUUUGUCCCAUUGACAAAAUUGCUGAUGUCUUGAAUCUUUCUAUUCUUCAACCUGCGGAACCAAUGGAUAUUCCUUAGUUU